AUGGCUGGAGACUCUACUGAAAUCCUCCACGACUUCUAUCCUUUGAUCCGAGUGUAUAAAGACGGCCGAAUUGAAAGAUUCGAAGGGCUUGAUUUUGUUCCUGCAUCAGUUGAUCCAGAAACAGGAGUUCAAGCCAAAGACGUUGAGAUAUCACCCGAAUUCAACGUUUCAGCCAGGCUUUACCUACCCGAUAUCAGCAAAUUCCGAGGUCGAGAUUUUCAAAAGCUUCCACUUUUAGUCUACUUCCAUGGCGGCGCAUUCGUGGUCGGAUCAACCUUCUCCUCCACAUAUCAAAAACAUCUUAUUUCACUUGCCCACCAAGCUCGUGUGAUCAUCGUGUCAGUAAAUUAUCGAUUAGCCCCAGAGCAUCCUCUUCCUGCCGCUUAUGAAGAUUCACGGCUUGCCCUGAAAUGGGUUGCUUCUCAUUCAACAUCAAGAAGUGGUGAAAGAUGGCUCUUGGAUCACGCCGAUUUUGGCCAUGUUUACUUUGGUGGGGAUAGCGCUGGUGGAAAUAUAGCACACAAAAUGGCCUUGAAGAUUGGAGUGGAGGGAUUGGAUGGCUUCAAGCUUGAUGGGAUUUUCCUAGCCUGUCCUUAUUUUUGGGGGAAAGACCCCAUUGGCAAUGAAGCAGAGAGGAAGUUGGAAAAGAAGUUCUUGGACAAGUUGUGGCCUUUUGUGUGCCCAAAUAGUACUGGUGGACUUGAUGACCCAUGGAUAAAUCCUGCAAAAAGCCAUCAUCUUUCCAGAUUAGCCUGCAAAAAGGUGCUGGUUUUUGUUGGUGGGGAAGAUGUGCUGAAAGAUAGAGGGUGGUAUUAUAAAGAAUCACUGGAGAGAAGUGGAUGGAAUGGAGAUGUGGAAGUUGUGGAAGUUGAAGGUGAAGGACAUGUAUUCCAUUUGACCUCUCCAAACAGCCAAAAAGCUAGGUUGAUGGUCAGGAAGUUGGUUUCUUUUCUCCAAUGGAAAAUGAAUUAA